AUGGCGGUGGUGCUGAAGGCGGAAGGUAAACUAGGCUAAGCUAACCAUGCUAAUCAUCGCUACUGCGACUCUUAUGGGCAAUUCAGCGUGCUGUCAUCCAAGCGGAACAAAGCAGGGAGCAGUGAUGUUCCCGAUCCAUCGUCAUGAGCACCAAGAAGAUGGUUUCCACGGAAACAGACAGACAGGUGAACAUGAAGGUGUUUGUACCCCACAAGCUGGCUGAAUGCAUUCCUCGCUCCACCAGCCUGCCUAAAGAACGCCUGCGAUGGAACUCUAACGAGGAAAUUGCUUCUUUUCUAAUUUCCUUCGAGAAACACGAAGAGUGGCUCUCCUACACCUUAAAAACCAGACCGGCCAAUGGCAGCAUCAUAUUAUACAACAGGAAGAAGGUGAAGUACAGGAAAGAUGGCUACUGCUGGAAGAAACGCAAGGAUGGAAAAACCACCAGGGAAGACCACAUGAAACUCAAAGUCCAGGGCAUAGAGUGUCUCUACGGUUGCUAUGUCCAUUCCUCCCUCGUGCCAACAUUCCAUAGACGAUGUUACUGGUUGCUACAGAAUCCAGACAUCGUAUUGGUCCACUACCUUAACGUGCCAUCUCUAGAGGAUUCUGGUAAAUGCGGUCCGUUGCUGUGUGCGGUGUCGGACCGCCAUGACAGUCUGCGCUGGAGCAGAGACGACCUCGUCAACCAGCUGAAACCCAUGUUCCACAGCAUGAAGUGGACGCUGGGCUCCCAUGUGGGCGCCUCCGUGGACCUGAGUGUGGAGCAGCUGGUCCAACACAUCCUGGACCGCCAGCAGACCAAACCACAGCCCCGAACACACAGCUGUCUCUGUACCAACACCCUGGUGUCCCCUGGGGGGGCUGAGAUCCCCCAUCGAUGUAACAGCACCAAGCAUCGCAUCAUCUCCCCCAAACUCCCCCCGUCCCCCCUCCCUUCUGAGUCCGGCGAUGGUGGAGGGGGAGAGAACAGACCCCCCCACUUGCAGAUCCAGCGCAGCCCCCGACCGACCAAUGAGAUACCUCUGACCUCCUCCCCCCCCUCCAGCUCCUCCCCACCCCCACCUCGGCUCUCAACGGCGACCGUUGCCGUGAGCAACCAUUAUUAUGGCGAGCAGAACAACGGGGUGACGACCAUGGCGCUGCCUCAGAACGCCGUUAUCGUCAUGGCAACAACAACCACGACGACGGCGGGGGCGGCCGCAGCCCUCUCUGGGAAGGGGUGCGGCCCCCCUCCCUCCCCUCCCCCCGCAUCCAGCCUCUCGCUCACACUCCUCCCCUCUCCUGUGAUGGGAGGUCUGCUCCUCACCCCCUCCCCCACCCCGUCCCCGGCCCCCCCUCCCUUCGACCCCGACGCGUUCCUCAACUUCCCCAAGCAGGGUCAGACCUACGGCGGGCCCACCUCCUCCCUCACCCCUUCCACUCCCCCUUCCUCCCCUCCCCUCUCCCUCUCCUCGCUCUCCUCGGCCGAAGCAGAGAGGAGAGACGGGGACAGGGAUCCUGCCCUCUCUCUCCCCCUCUCCCCCUCCCAGGUCUCUCCUCCUCCUCCGCCUCCCCCUCCCCCCGCCCUCCUCCCGUUCUGCGUGGAGCUGACCCCCUGCCGGGAGGAGGACACCCUGCCACCCCUCCAGCCAAGCCACGCCUCCACGGGCUCAACACAACGGCAACCGCCCCAAAGCACCACCGACCCACCACUGGGUCAGAAUGGACAUGGUCCGCCCACUCAGCUCCCGGUGGCCAAUCAGACACAGCCAACCAGAGACCUUUGUUCCUCCUCCUUGGCAACCGCACCAAUAGUCACGCCUCCUUCUCAGAUGACCCUGCCCCCUUCUCCAGCGACCAAUCAGCAUCUUCUCCACGGCCAGGAGAGGGCGAUGGAGAGGGAAGAGACCAGGGAGCGCGGAGCCAAUUCUCCAAGUCAGGCUAGCCUGCAUGCUAAUCCCCAAACCAUGGUUAUUCCCCAUGCUAGCCCCGGCCUUGCUAACCCACAAACCCUGCUUCGCCCACAUGUAAUACCCCAAACUAUGGUAAGCCCCCAUGCUAACACUGGCCUUGCUAACCCCCAAACCAUGGACAGCCCCUAUGCUAACACAAGCCUUGCUAACCCCCACACCAUGGACAGCCCCUAUGCUAACGCAAGCCUUGCUAACCCCCACACCAUGGACAGCCCCUACGCUAGCACUCGCUUGGCUAACCCCCAAACCAUGAUAAGCCCUCAUUCUUGCACUAGCCUGGCUAAUCCCCCAACCAUGGCUAGCCCACAUGCUAGCAGUAGCAACCCGGUUCAGGUGAAGGAGGAGAAGGGGCGGGAGCUGGACUGUGAGGACACGCCCAUGGAUACGCACUCGGCAACAGAAGAGGAGGAGCGGGGCGGAGGGGAGGAGCUAGAGCUGUCGUUUGACAGCCAGUUCCCCGACCUCAUCUCGGAGCUCAUCACAGGGGUGGCCCCGCCCCCUAGCCCUGGCCCCGCCCCCGCCCCCGGACCCGCUCCCCCAGGAGUCUUCCCCUCGGGGGUCCGCUACAUGGUGCCCCCCCAACCAUCCCCCUCCUCAUCGUUUCUCUCCUUCCCCCUCCUUCCCUCCUCCUCCUCCUCCUCUUCCUCCUCCUCCUCCUCCUCCUCCUCCUCACGCCUGGCUGUCAUCACAGACUUCUCCCCAGACUGGUCCUACCCAGAGGGGGGUGUGAAGGUGCUGAUCACCGGGCCCUGGGGGGACCUGAGUGGACGUUACUCCUGUCUGUUCGACCAGAGCUCUGUCCCGGCCUCACUGAUCCAACCGGGAGUACUGCGCUGCUACUGCCCAGCCCACGAGGCUGGUCUGGUGUGUCUUCAGGUGGUGGAGUCUGGAGGCGCCGUCUCCUCGUCAGUGCUGUUUGAGUACCGGGCCCGGAACACCACCUCUCUGCCCAGCUCCCAGCUGGACUGGCUGUCCCUGGACGACAACCAGUUUAGGAUGUCCAUCUUGGAGAGGCUGGAGCAUAUGGAGCGACGCAUGGCUCAGAUGGCCUCCCGCGACCAGCAGCACCCCCAGCACCAGCGGCAGCUCAGUACACAAGAGCAGAGCCAGGGCUUCGAGAGGCGUCUGGUCACAGUGUGUGAACAGAUGAUGAGGAUGGGAGGAGGAGGAGAGAGGCUUCAUCAUUCUGUCCGUCACCGAGGGAUGACCCUCCUUCACCUGGCCGCCGCCCAGGGAUACACACACCUGAUCCACACGCUGAUCUCCUGGAGGAGUGUCACCAGGGACAGUCUGGACCUGGAGGAGGAGGUCGACCCUCUCAACGUAGACCACUUCUCCUGCACCCCUCUGAUGUGGGCCUGUGCUCUGGGCCACCAGGGCGCGGCGGAGGUGCUCUACCGCUGGGACAGCUCCGCCCUGGGACGCCCCGACUCGCUGGGCCGCCUCCCCCUGGCGGUGGCGCGGUCCCGGGGCCACACGCGCCUCGCCACCUGCCUGGAGGACCUGCACACCCAGCUCCCCCUGUCCCCCCUCUCCACCAGUCCAGACACAGGUCUGAGUUCAGCCAGUAGCCUGGCUUCUCCUGCUGACCCCGCCUCCCCGUCUCCGAGCUCCGCCUACUCCAGCGCCCCCACACCCAUGGACACCUCCUCCCCCUCUCUCUCCCCCCUCUCCCCUCCCUCUCCCCUCCCCUCCCAGUCUCUCUCCCCCCUCUCCCCUCCGUCUCUCUCCCCCCUCUCUCCUCCCUCUCCUCCCCCCUCUCAGUCUCUCUCCCCCCUGUCCCCUCCCUCUCUCUCCCCUCCCACUCCUCCCCCCUCCCAGCCUCUCUCCUUCCUCCUCCCCCCGAGCCAGCUGUGGGCCAACGCAGCGCAGCAAUCACAGUGUUUGAAUCCUACGGUAAUGAUGGACUACGAGAGCAGUUUGUCCCCGUCUCCACUGGAGGACGGCCUUCUGACCAACAGCGGGAACCCUGAGAACCACGACGAGGAAGAGGAGGAAGAGGAGCUGACCAAGGAGCUACUACAGGUGGACAUGGCACUGCUGGCGGAGCAGAUCGUCGAGGCGACCCCGGAGCGAAUCAAACGGGAGGAUUUCGCCAGGGGGGCGGAGACACCCCUCGCCUCCCCCCCAGACCCGUGGCUGGCGACCUACCUGGCAACCAUGGAAACGCCCCCGCCGAGGCGUGUGUGCCCCCCCUCUCCCUUCAGCACCCUGGCUCUUCAGAAGUUAAGACCGCCCUCCUCGGCCACGUGGGCGGAGUUCCUCAAUGCCUCGACCAAUGGGAGGAUGGAGAGGGACUUUGCUCUGUUGACUCUGAGUGACAGCGAGCAAAGGGAGCUGUAUGAGGCAGCCAGAAUCAUUCAGACCGCCUUCCGGCGCUACAAGGGUCGGAGGUUAAAGGAGCAGCAGGACAUGGCUGCCGCUGUUAUCCAGAGAUGCUACAGGAAAUAUAAGCAGCUAACAUGGAUAGCAUUGAAGUACGCUCUGUAUAAGAAGAUGACCCAGGCGGCCAUCCUCAUUCAGUCCAAGUUCCGGUCGUACUACGAGCAGAAACGCUUCCAGCAGAGUCGAAGAGCAGCCGUCCUCAUCCAGCAGUACUACCGCAGCUACAAGGAGUAUGAACGCCUUAAACAAGGACCACACAACCCCCGCCUCAAGGGGUCGUUCCUCACUAAGAAGCAGGACCAGGCCGCCAGGAAAAUCAUGCGGUUCCUACGACGCUGCAGGAACAGUGAUUGUAGGAUAAAGGAAUUGAAGCAGAUGAAAGAGUUGGAGCGAAGAGGACUGACCACCUGAUACCACAAUAUUAAUAUUACAAAUUAAUAUUAAUUUGUUAAAUGACUAAUAAUCAUAAUAAUAUUACUUAUUAUACUAAUAAUAAUCAUAAUAAUAAUAAUUGGUAUAGUAUGACCAAUAUUAUAUUAUUAUUUUUGUUUAUCAUAAUAAUGAAUACACUCCAGCCACAGCUGGUGAACCUCUGAAAACUACAAGAGAUAUAUACUAUAGAUAUCUAUGAUGUAGAUAUAUAUAGAUAUAUAAUAUAUAGAGACUAUGUGUGUUGUUUACAGCAUGAGUGUGUGUGUGUGUGUGUGUGUGUGUGUGUGUGUGUGUGUGUGUGCGUGCGUGUGUACAUGCACGUGUAUCCGUACACGUACAUGUGAACAUGUGUAUAUGUUGUGUACAUGGUGAAACAUCCCUCAGCAAUGAAAUUGUCAGGAUACAGAUUGUUCUUCUGAUUGGCAAGCUCAUCAUUACUUUGUUCUGAUUUGCUAGCUGAUCAUUGCUGUGUUCUGAUUCGCUAGCUCAUCAUGACCUUGUUCUGAUUGGCUAGCUGAUCAUUGCUGUGUUCUAAUGAACUUGCUCAUUACUUUGUUCUGAUUGGCUAGCUCAUCAUUACUGUUUUGCUGAUUGGUUCUAGCUCAUCAUUACUGUUAGCUGAUUGGCUAGCUGAUCACUACUGUUUGCUGAUUGGCUAGCUCAUCAUUACUGUUUUGCUGAUUGGCUAGCUCAUCAUUACUGUUAGCUGAUUGGCUAGCUCAUCAUUACUGUUAGCUGAUUGGCUAGCUGAUCACUACUGUUUGCUGAUUGGCUAGCUCAUCAUUACGUCUUUUUGAUUGUCUAGCUCAUCAGUACUGCGUUCCUAUUUGCUGGAUCAUAAUUACUGUUUAUUGAUUGGCUAGCUCAUCAAUACUGUUUUGUGAUUGGCCAGCUUGUCAUUAGCUAGCUUGUUUGAGGCCGGACUCUAUCAGAUGACCAGCCAAUGCAACAUGCUAGCGGCGCAAGCUAGCUGAAAGAAGACUCUGUUCUUAGUACGGUUGGAAGGCGAGCAUACUGUUGCAAUUCUUAUAAUUAAUUUAUCAAUUCCAACCGACUAACAGUAAGCCUUAAACUAACGGUUUUCACAUGACUUACAGUUAGGCUACAAACUAACAGGCUUUCUUCAAAUCAGCUAACUUGUUCCCUAACUCCAUGUUCCCUUUAAAGUGAACACUAUAUAGUACACUAUUUAGGGAACAGGUAUAGGGAGAAUACGGACAAGAAUUAAACACCGGGAAUCCAUCGGUGUGACGUCACAUAAACAAGCCUGAUGACAAUGAAAACUGCUAUGCAUCAUGGGAUACAGUGCGAACAUAUGUGAGAAUCAGUUGUAUACUUUUUUUGAGGUCCAUAUUUGGUGUUAAGUAGUGCACUAUAUAGGAAAACCAGAUUUGUACGGUCCCAUUUCAGCCAAUACAACACAGAAGAUACAAAUUGGUUACACAUUAAAGGGCCCCUAUGGUUAGCCAUUACAAGCCGUUUCAAAAUCUGCCCCGCCCUGGGACUUGGUGAACUCACAAGUGGGGACGUCCCUUUAGCUCUAUUGUGGGUAGAUAAGCCUAAUGGUACACUGAUCUAUCCAGCGUAUAUCCAGGUGGACGCUCCCACUUGUGGUGUCACCAAGUCCCAGGGCAGGGCAGAUCUCUAAACGGCUUGUGAUUGUAAACGACAGCAGACGAGCAGCUCGCUAGAAGACCAGCAGCCAGCUGUCAGACUAGCGGCUGUCUAGCUGACUAUCAGCCGGUGUGUCUGGCUCACCAGAGCUGGGGAGGACUUGGUUCUGGCUGUGAGGAACGCGGAGAAAAGAGGUGUAAAUACUGUAGAUAGCUUUAGUCUCCCGUUGGUCCCAGCACUUCUUAAACUUGUUCCUUUUGUUCCACAGAGUGGCCGUUAUAUUCCAUAUAUCCGAAUAACAUCAGAUCAAAUGAGAAAUAUAUAUAUAUAUAUAUAUAUAUAUAUAUAGCUACUAUUGUUGGAGUGAUGCCUUGCAUGCAUUUGUAUCGUUUUUGCAUUUUAAAAACCGUUAAGAGAUAUGAAUCCAGUGUCAACUGAAAUUAUUAAUCUUUUUUUUGCUGUUUGCAUUUUGCCGUUUGUGUCGACAGUUUCUGUAAUUUAUUUAUGAGGUUGUCACGGCAACCGCUGCAUUAUAACGAGCCUAUCUUUGUAAACAAAUAAAUGUUCUUGAAACAUA